AUGGAUUUGGCUUCAAUAAUCUAGAAAGAAAAAAGCGAAAACUGUGGAGAAGAUGAAAUUAAGUGCAUGAAUUAAUGUCCAAAUGUUGUUUCGAUGAUUCUAUCUGCAACUUUCAAUAGUGAUAGCCGGACCUCUAAUUUCGAUGAUGAAAAUAAUAAUCUUUUUAUUUUAAUAAGCAACAAGCGAUUUAACCAUGGAUAUGAUCGCUAUGAAAUAAAAAUUUAUGAAAAAACUCUAUUCAAUUUACUAUUUGUUAAAAAUAUUGAUAAGAUUUACUCAUUCAUUGGAUAUCAUCAAUUAGACUAGGUUUUUUAUUUUUACACAUAGGAAGAUGUAUCAUAAGAUUUAGUGUAAAAUAGAUAUAUUGAUUUGUAUGAAGCUAAAUAAAAUUAAGAUAAUAUUAUGUGUUAGGAAAAAUUUUUGAAAGACUUAGAUAAUGAUAAAUCUGAAUGCAAAUAGUAAUAACAAUUUAGAGUCACUAAAUUCUAUUAGUAUAGCUACAAAAACGAUGAAAUGAAAAUGAUCAAUUUCAUACCAGAGUAAUACGAUGUUAAUUAAAAGUAGUAUGUCUGUGAAGCAAAUAUCAAAGCUAAUAAGCUUUACUGCUAUCUAUAAGCAGAUUAUUAAUACUAUGUUUUUGGAUACUAAAAUGUAGAAAAUCGUAUUAACUAACCAUAACCAUAUGUCACAUAUUAUAUGUACACGUAUAAAUUUAAUAAGAAUGAAGAAUAGAUUUUUAAUAAAGAUUGUCCUGUUCUAAAAAUCUUCUUUUAAUUUGAGUAUGAUAUUUACUUUUGUAAACACCUAUAAAAACAAUCUUUGUUGAUAAUUUCUCUGUCUACUAACCAAAUCCUAUAAGAAAUUUAGCCAGAUUCAGAUUACAAAAUGGUUAUUGACUCUAACAUUGGAUUUAUUUAAUUAACCAAAGCAAAUUCUUUAAAAUUAUUUGAUAUCAAUCUAAACUAUUUUGUUAACUUUAAUCUCCACGAUAAACUUAUAUUUUAUGAUCGUAAAAUAAUCGUCUUUACUAGAAAAUGUUUAGAUGAAAUAGAUUCUUUAUGUGCUUAUUUGCUUAAUGCUAAUAAAUUUAAUUAAGACAUAGAUAAAAAUAAAAAGUAUCUUUUUUCCAUAAAAAGCUAAAAUUAUAAUCCAGAUGUUGACCUCUAAUAAUAGAUUGAAUUUGUAGCAGCUGAAAUAGAUGAAAGAGAUAAUUUCAUGAUAGUGUUCGUAUUUUCUUUAAAUGAGUCUAUGUAAAAUAUUUAUAAAAUAAAGGUAGUUGACCUGUACAUGGGAUAAGUUCAAACUCUUAACAUAAUUUAUGAAUGUCCUUAAUCAACAAUAAUCUUACUAAAAUGGGUUGAAUAUAAAAAAAAUAUUUAUUUGUAAAAUGAGUGCUAAUCAAUUGUAAUUAACAUCUUAAAUAACAGUUUUUAUAUUUUACUCAGCAAACUCCAUUCAAGUUCCUAACCAAAUAUAAGCUACAACUAAAAUACUAAACAAAUUUAUGUCUACUCUAAAAUGGAUAGUUUAAGAUCUAAGUUUCAAAUCAUAGAUGUGAUUACAAGACAAUCUAAGAUUAUCAUAUAAACAAAUAACUAUUCAAUUGAAGCUAUGUAUAUAUCUAAUUAACAACAUUAAGAUUUAAUUAUAUUCUCAGGCUAACAUUGGGAACAUCAAUUUUUAUCUUCCAAUUAAAGUGCUAAAUAUAUUUCAUCUGGAUAUAAACAAGUAUUUAAUGUGUAUAAAAACACCUCUUAUUCUUACUCAAGCAGUAAAAAAUUUGAUAAAACCAUAGUAGUCCAUCUGGUCUCUAAUUCUAGUUUAAAUUAUUUUGAUUUGGAAUAAAACCAAGAAAAUUAAACUGCUUAGUUUCUCAGCAUUUUUUACUUCUUAGUCUAAAAAAGACAUAUUAAUUUUAUUGUAGAGCAAGACAAUGUCUAAGAUCCAUAAGUAGAUUAAAUUGGAAAGCAUUUUUUGAAAUAAAAUCCAAUUAUUCAAAAAUAUGACAAUUUAGAAGAUAAAUAAACAGACGAUUUUAGUUUUAUAGACGAAAUAGAGGAGUUUGAAAAUUUAAUGGAACCUAGAGUACCUAAUUAAUUUAUAAUUUUUUCUGAUGAGCCAACUGGAAAAAAGUAUUCUGAUGAUGAUAAAGAUGAUAAAAAUCAAUUUAUAGAGUUUGAAGACAUAUCUGGAGGUGGCUAAGGAAAAGGAAAGACUCCUAUAAAACCUGAUAUUAAAUCAUUUAAAGAUAUUAAUAGGUUUUUCAAAAGUUACUAUGUUGAGGUAACCUAAGAACUUCAGGAGUGUAUUAACUAAAUACACAAAGAUUAAAUAUACUUUUACGAUGAGCUGUACAGAGUAAUUGUAUUUUACUUUUCACAUCUGUGUGUAAUAGACGUAACUGCAUAAACUCUUACUCUAAAAAAGUAAUUAAGUAAUGAAAGGAAAAUAUUUUAUCACAACCUAACUAAUUCAGUUUACAUAGUUAAUUUAAAUGUUAAAUCAAGUAUUUUAUAUGAAAAAAUAUCUUUACCUGAUUAAGUAUUUUAGCACAAAGACGAAUAAUACAAACAAUAUUAGGCAAUUAAUGCUUAUAUUGAAUAAAACUUCUUAGUAAUUACUUUGGUUUAUCUCAAUGACAAAUAUAUUUUUAUACAAAAUCUCUCUGACCCUUCUCAAAUCAGCUUCAAAAUUGAGAAUUACUUCCUAAAUCCUUGUAGCAUUUCUGCUGGGAGCUACAGACACGAGUAUUUGAAGAAUAGAGUAAUACUAAGCAACAUAUUUAGCACAGAAAUAAUUAAUCUUAAUUAAAACUUAACAACAAAAUCUUAUAAAUUGGUUUAGAUCUACACCCGUUCCAUAGAUAUUUUUUAAAUAAGCAAUAAAAACUUAGAUAUUCUACCUCUCCUAUGUUACAAAUAUGAGCAAAAUGACUACUUUCAUGAUUUGAUAGAUUUUAAUUUGGUUUAAGUACAAAGCAACAAGCUACACAUUCUAUUUAUUUUUACUUAUAAAGUAGAACUUUAAGAGUUUUUUUAUGAUGUUUAUCAAUCCACAUUUGUUUAGAUCUAUUCAAGAAUUCUAUUUACUAAUGAAAUCACAGAUAUUUUAGAGGCUUCCUUUAAUUUUCAUACAUUUUAGUUCAUCAUUCUUGCAAGGUCAGAGUAGAACUUAUACAUUUAUGAAAUUCCUGUGGAAAAAAAUUAUAGCAAAAAAGACCACAUAGAAUCGAAAACAUAGAAAUAUUAUAAUUCAUAUGGAAAUAUUAAUAAUGAUAAGUAAGUGACUUGCAAAAUAGAUUCAAUUUAUUUAGAUAGCGGUGUUGAAUCUAGUGUUGAGUAAUUCAAGAAAUUUUACAGAAUGAUUUAAUUUGUUUAGAGUAUAGUGUACCCUCCUCAAUUUACUUUGCUUAUAAAACUCCUUAUAUACAAGAAUAGAGUUCCAUUGAAAGAUAUUGCUCUGCCUUCUUUUGGCCCUUAGCAAAAAGCUUCGAUUAUUAUCAAGUAAGAGAAUAUCUUUUUGCCUACUUCUAAUUUUUAUACAGAUGAGGAGGUUUAUUUUGAGUUUGACUCUCUCUUCUUUGAAAACCUAAUGCCACUCUAAAAGCUCAAAAUUGAAAAAAUAGAAAUAAUUAAUUCGUAAAGUCCAUCUCAUAUAACGAUCAAUAAAAUAAGAACAAUUUAACUCACUGACAUCUUCCUUUGUUAAAAGCAAAAAAAAAUAUCAGAUUUUAGCAUAAAAUUUUAAGAUAUUGAUGAAUUAAUCAUUACAGAUCUGAAAAUUUUUGAUUGUGAUAUUUAGUUAGUCAAUUACUUGUUUUCUUUUGAAAACAUUGGUUUGAUCAAGAUUUAAAAUGUAUAAAUUUAAAAUAAUAAGAUUUCGAGCUUAAUUGGUUUCAAAGACUUGUCAAUAUUUAAUGUCUAUAAUGUUACCAAAAUAUAAAUUCAAAAUUUUAAUUUCACAUCAAAUUAAAUUUUUAACAACGUCAAAGAAAGUGUUGGGCAGCUUUAAAAUAGAAGCACUAAAUUUUAGUAAGCGUUUACUAAAUUCUAAAAUAGGUUAUUCAACAUCAGAUAAAUUUAAGAUUUGUAGAUUUCAUCACUAAAUUUUGUUAAUAAUAAGCGUGCUUCUUUGAUUGGUCUUUCAUCAUACACUCAUCAAGAUUUCUCAAACAAUUCAUACAUAAGAAUCAAAGAGAAAAUAUUUAAAUUCACAUUUUCUGACUGUAAAAUUUUGUUUAACACUCUGCCUUAGUACUACUUCUUCUUUAUUAAAAAUGGAGAAGUUACCAUCAAUAAUAUAAGAAUAGAAGGAAAUAUAAUUGAAUACAUUAAUGGAGAUAUUGAUAGUUAUUCUUCUACAUAACACUUAUCCAAUGAAGAAAAUAUAGAAAAAAUGAAAAAAGGACAAGAUAUCUUUUGCUUCCUUGCGAAUAAAUAAUUAUAUUAAGGUGGUUUAGAAAUAAUUAAUAAUGAACUCUUCUAAAAUAUGUAUUUGAUGGUUGUAUAUUAAGUUCUGCUUCAUUCAAUAGUGCUUUCAAACAUAGAAGGAAAUAAUUACUUAAUAUCUAUUUUAUUAAUCCAAAAUUCUAAUACCUUUAUUUCUGAUGCUACAAUAAUCAAUAAUGUAGGAUCAAAUAGAGCAGUAGUGUCAAUUGAGAAAUAGACAAAAGUAGAGUUUAUUAACUCUAUUUUUUAAAACAAUAAAUGCUCACUUUGCUAAGGAUCUGUAUUAUUUAUAAGUGACUCUAUUUUCAUAGGGCUUAACUCGAUUUACAAGAAUAACACAUCAGAUCAUGGAGGAUCCAUAUCGAUUUAAAACUGCAAUUAGAGAAUACUUUUUUCUUCGAUAGAUUUUAUAGAUAACAAUGCUAAUUAUGGUGGUGCUCUCUCUAUAGUAUAAUCAGAAAAUAUUUAGUUAAAUAAUAUUACAUUUUAAGGGAAUAGUGCUUUAAUUGGAGGGGCUAUAUACUACUAAGGAUUCUAUCCUCGAGGGUUUUUUGAGAUGGAUUCUUAGUUAAUGUUUAUUAACAAUAAAGCAACUUCGCUAGGAUAGAAUAUAGGAUCUUUUCCUUAAUCUCUAAGGCUAGUAAAAGUCUAUGAAAAUAUUAUAAACGGUAGGUUUUUAGAAGAAUAGCGAAACUUGAAUUUUUCUACCAAGAUUGAUGCCUAACAGCAAAUACUUAUUAAUACAAAAAAUGCAACUUUUGGAAACAACAAAUCAAUCUACGAUCGUAUGAAUAGGGAUUAUGAUAAAAUUAUAUUCGUUCAAAAUGUAACUAGUGGUGCCACUUUAACAUUCUAAUUCGAAAUUUAUGAUGAGGAAGGAAAUAGAUUUUAUGGUUACAAAUCUAAUAUAAGAAGAGAAAUUUAGCCUGUUGUUUAGACUGUGAGCACAAACAUAGUACUGAUUAGCUCAAAUAUUCGUCUAGAAGAUGGUAUUCUUUUUCUAGAGCUUGAGGUAGUUGGAAAUAAUUAAGUUCCUUUAAAUAUAGAAGAUGAUUACAUUAUUGUAUAAUAUCAGAAUAUUUUCAUCAGUGAGAAAAAGCAUGAAUCAUACAUUGAAUUAUUUAAACAAUAUAUUUAUUUAAAUUUUCGACCAUGUGGCUUAGGAGAGGUUUAUGUUGUUUAUUAAUCAUAAAUUAAUAGAAAGCUUCCUCUAACUAGCGUUUAUAAGUGCGAAGUUUGCAAGUUAGGCAAAUAUUCCUUGGUUGCUUAGCCGACUACAUAAACUUAAUGUUAAACUAGUACUUCUAAUGCUGUUAAAUAAUCUUACGGCUUCAUUAUUGAAUUAAAUUAAGGUUAUUGGAGAUCUAGCAUGAUGUCUGAUAACUUCUUGAAGUGUGAUCUAAAGGAAAAUUGCAAUGGAGGAGAAAGCACAGAAACUAGCUAAAUCUGCCAUAUGGGACAUAUAGGUCCUCUAUGCGAAGCUUGUGACAUUCAAGGAAUAGUUUGGAAAUAUAAAUUUGCCCAUUCAGGAAAUCAUUCAUGCACACCAUGCAAUUCAGUGACUAAGAACACAAUAAAAAUUUUAUUUUUUAUUCUGACUACAUUUAUAUUAAUAGUUUUAGUCUUAAAAAGCACUCUUAAAUACUGUAUUAACAAAAUAUUUUUGAAAUGCUUAGCGAAGACAGGGAUGCUAAUAAUGGGAUGCUCUGCUAAUAAAAAAGUCACUUCAGUUUAUGUAAAAAUCCUCAUGAGUUACGUUUAAGUGUUGGAAUCUGUAAGAUACUUUGGUAUUAAUUUCAUAGAAAUAUUCUUAAAGGGAAUCAAUUACGUUGCUAGUCCUUUAGAGUAGGUGUCAUUUAGUGGAGAGUGCUUCAUGGCAGAUAUAGGAAUAGAUAUGCCUUUGGUCUACUUUAAGAUAUUAUUUGCUUUAGUUACUCCCUUUGUUUUUCUAUUUAUCGUGCUAGUUUUCUACUAUUGCUUGUAUAAAUUAAAAUACAUUGAAGAAAAUAUCAAAAAUUACUAUUCGUUGACGAGCAUAUUUUACAUAAUUCUACUCUUUUAGAAUAAAAUAGUUAAUAUGCUUGUUGAGGUAUUUAACAGAAGAGAAAUAGAUGGAGAAGUCUAUAUGAAGGUUAAUUUGUAAUAUCGCUUUUAUGAUGAUUAGCAUGAGAAGUAUUUUAAAUACAUGAUUUUUCCUAGCUUGGUAUUUUGGACUUUAGGCGUUAUCCUCUCAAUAUUGAUAAUCCUACUUAAAAACAGAAAGAAUUUGCAAAAAUUUUAAUCUUUGUUUAUGUUCGGUUUCUUGUAUGGAGAAUAUAAGGAAGAUUGCUUUUACUGGGAAUUGUUAAGAAUAUUCACUCGUAUUGGAAUAUCAAUAUCCUGUAAUUUUUAUCACUAAAUUCCUAAGGUGAGUUGCAUGCUUAUGUUUUUGGUCCUUGUUAUUUAUUUGAUUAUCUUGUAUUUUAAAAAACCCUUUAUUUAAAGACAACUGAAUAACUUAGAGCUCCUAAGUACUCUUAUUUGUAUGAUGACUGUGAGUUUAACUGUAUUGAUUUAUUCGUAGGAGUAAUAUUCUCAAUAGUAAUAGAAAGAAAAAACAUCUACUCUGCAAUUCAUUUGCUAGGCGAUUAUUGUAAUAGUGAAUGUAUUCUUUUUGGUUUACUUGUCUUUUAAAAUUCUCUUAUCAUUUAUUAUCAGAUGGGAAGUGAGAAUUUAUAAAAUAUUUGGCAGAUGUCUUGGUAAAAAGAAAACAAAUGAUAUGCUUGUGUUAAAAAGAUGGUCAAGACUGCGUCAUAAAGUGGUCAAUAACUUCAUUUAAAAUCGCUAAUAAAGCAAGAAGUAUUACAAAUAAAAUUUAAUUUACUCUUUUGAUUACUAAAAUGAUCUCCAACGUUUCGUUCACUUUUGUAGCUACGAUUUAAACCAUUUACAUAAUUUUUAUCAUGCUAACAUUCCAUCCUUAACUUCAAUCAAUCUUGCAUAAAAGGAAGAUAGUAAAUAAUAAAAUAAUAAUGAAUUAAAGCUAUAUCAAUCAGAGUAAAUCAUCAAAAGAAAUAGCAUUUCUGAGCACUUAGAUUAGCUUAUUUGGAGUGACUUUCUUGUAAAUCAUUCUCAAAAAAAUCAUCCACCUUUAUUUUUAAAGAAGUACAAUAGCUCCUUUUAGUCUCUUGAUGAUACAAAUGAAAUAGCAUAAUACUACCAUGAUCUUGAUCCAAAUUAGUCAUAAUUAAUAUUUAACUUCACAUAAAGCAGUAGAAGCUAUAUACCUCCAAGCUAUAAUGUUAUCAACUUUUAAUAAAAUCAAAAUUCAAAAGAAAACAUUCGAUCUGAAGAUAGUACUAUAAUUGAAGAUAAUAACAAUAAAAACAAUCUUAAUGAAGAACCAAGUAUUAUCCUUUCUAAAACUGUUUUCAUAGAGCUUCAAAAAGAAGAUAAGCAGUAAAAAAGCUGA